AUGCUUACUCUGCUCACACAGAGGGAGGGAGUGUUAAGGAAUGCCAGUGGGCAGACAGCAGCAGACCUGGCCCACGCUCACGGCUUCCUCGACUCUUUCUGCUUCCUCUCCAAGACCAAGAAGCUGCUGCAGCUGCACGUGAGGGGGGGGGCGAAUGGAGAAAGCCCCCCCUGUGGUCCGGGCCUGCUCAGCAGGAAGAGGCUACUGACAGCCGGGGACAGCAGGGACCUGAAGAAAGCCCGGGGGGACAUGCUGGUGCAGAUGCCGGUUGGAGGUGAGGAUCUGGAGAGCGUUACCAUGGAGUCCGUCCCGGAGCUCCUCUCAGGUGGUGGAAAUUCAGAAGACGGGAGUGGAUUUAGAGGCAGAGGCGGUGGAAAAGGGUUUGACAGGGCGGAUUGCAGUGAAUCCAAUGGAGAGGAAGGUGGAGGGUUCGGAGGCGGUAGCCGAGGAAGAGGCGGCAGAGGAGGUUUCCGACAAGGUGGAGACGAUGGACCCAGAGGAGGAGGCUCAGGAGGAGGCUACCGAGGGAGAGAUGAGGAUUCCUUUACUCGAGGCGAUUCUAAAGAUCCAGAAAAGAAAGAUGGCGAAGAAGAAGAAAGACCAAGGGUGACGUAUGUUCCUGAAGCACUCCUCGAAGAUGAAGCAUCCAUUUUUGCCCAUUAUGAGAAAGGCAUCAACUUUGCGAAGUAUGAUGACAUCACAGUGGAUGUCGGUGGAAGUAACCCCCCGCCGGCUAUCAUGACUUUUGAGGAGGCAGCAUUGUGCGAGUCACUUAGAAAAAAUGUCAGCAAAACUGGUUAUGUGAAGCCCACCCCCGUUCAGAAGUAUGGCAUCCCCAUCAUCUCUGCUGGCAGAGAUCUCAUGGCCUGUGCCCAGACUGGAUCUGGUAAAACGGCUGCUUUCCUCCUGCCUAUCCUGCAGCAGCUGAUGGCAGACGGCGUGGCAGCGAGUUCCUUCAGUGAGCUGCAGGAGCCCGAGGUCAUCAUCGUGGCCCCCACCAGGGAGCUCAUCAAUCAGAUUUACCUGGAGGCCAGGAAGUUUGCCUUUGGGACAUGUGUGCGUCCAGUUGUGGUUUAUGGUGGAGUCGCCACUGGACACCAAAUAAGAGACGUUCUGAAAGGGUGCAAUGUGCUGUGUGGAACACCUGGGAGACUGCUGGAUGUCAUUGGAAGAGGAAAGAUUGGCUGCAGUAAGCUGCGGUACCUGGUGAUGGAUGAGGCUGACCGGAUGUUGGAUAUGGGCUUUGAGCCUGACAUGCGUCGCCUAGUGGCCUCGCCUGGCAUGCCUACCAAAGAGAACCGGCAGACUCUAAUGUUCAGCGCCACCUUCCCUACGGACAUCCAGAAGUUGGCGGCCGACUUCCUGAAGACUGACUAUCUGUUCCUGGCUGUGGGUGUGGUGGGCGGAGCCUGCAGUGAUGUGGAGCAGAAGCUUGUCCAAGUCACAAAGUUCUCAAAGAGGGAAAAGCUGCUUGAUGUCCUCAAAACAACUGGAAAUGAACGCACCAUGGUUUUUGUGGCGACCAAGAGACAAGCUGAUUUCAUCGCCACUUACCUGUGCCAAGAGAAUGUUCUGACCACCAGCAUUCAUGGUGACCGUGAGCAGCGGGAACGAGAGCAGGCCCUGGCAGACUUUCGCUCCGGCAGACGGCCAGUCCUGGUGGCCACCUCUGUAGCUGCCCGGGGUCUGGAUAUUCCAGAUGUGCAGCAUGUGGUCAACUUUGACCUCCCUGAUAACAUCGACGAGUAUGUCCACCGCAUUGGUAGAACCGGUCGCUGUGGGAAUACUGGGAGGGCCUUGUCCUUCUAUGACCCAGAAGCUGAUGGCCAACUUGCCCGCUUCCUCGUUGGCAUCCUAUCCAAGGCCCAGCAGGAAGUGCCCUCCUGGCUGGAAGAGUCAGCGUUCAGGGGCUCCGGGUCUGAAGGCGUCAGGGGCUUCAACUCCACAGACUCCAGGAAGGGAGGAUCCUUUGCAGACAGCGGAGCAAGGAGCCAGGCCGCUGCUGCGCCAGCUGAAGAAGAAGAAGAAUGGGAAUAGAGAGACAUUUAAGCCAAGCACUCAACAUUGACCUGAGUUAUUUUUCUUUUCAUGUGUUCAGCUUGUUGUAGUGUUUUUGAAGUUUCUCAUAAGUUCCUUUUAAUGGAGUUAAAGAACAUAUGUCAUAUGUCUGAAUUAAAAUUCCAAUGUUAUUACUUAUUGUUUAUCACUGCGGUCAAGAACCAAUAAAUAAUAUUUGUUCAAAGCC